UGACAAAGAGGAUGGAAACCCCUUGGACUUCUCAUCUUGGAGGGAAGAGGACAUCUCUGAGCAAAUCAGGACAAUGCUGGUUGUAAGCAGGGAUAASUGCAAGAAGAUAACUUGUAAGCUGGAGGACAGAAGGAGAGGAACACCCGGCCUCUUGCCUGGAGGUUCACAGCAGUUAGUGGCCAUGUCCUGUUCAGAAGUGAGAGCAGCUCAGCGAAAUGCUGURAGCAAGAAAGCCCUUUUGGAUCCCCCUCUACCAGAAGACAUCACCAGUCGCCGCCGCCGAGCAAGCAGGGAAAGGAGCGCUGGAGGAGCGCCGCGGUGGCCGCAGCGCGCCCGCCCGCCCCGGCUGCCGCCCGCAGAAGAUGCACUUCAGCACCGUCACCAGGGACAUGGAAGCUAUCUCCAGCCCCUGGCUCACCCAGCUGUCCCAUUUUUGCGAUGUUGCAGCUUUCACGGCCAACAGCCUGAGCAGCCUGAACGCCUCCGGGGGGUACCACCUCUCCCCCUCCCCGGGGGACCCGUACGGACAGCAUGAGCCGCCGCACUACGAGCCCUGCACGGCUCAGCAGCACCCGCACCCRCCGCCCCAGCCGCAGCACGGCUAUCCUUUCGGAGGGGCGGCGGCGGCUGCCGGGACCAACCCGCCGCCCCCAGGCCCCGAGCAGCCCGAGGGCUCCGGGGGAGCCGCUGCGGGGCCGGCCUCAGUCUCGGGCUGCUCCGCGGGGGCGACCGCCGGGGCCAAGGCGCCGGUGAAGAAGAACCCGAAGGUGGCCAACGUGAGUGUCCAGCUAGAGAUGAAGGCACUGUGGGACGAGUUCAACCAGCUGGGCACCGAGAUGAUCGUCACCAAGGCUGGCAGGCGCAUGUUCCCCACCUUCCAGGUGAAGAUAUUCGGGAUGGACCCUAUGGCUGACUACAUGCUCCUCAUGGAUUUUGUCCCAGUGGACGACAAGCGAUACCGGUACGCCUUCCACAGUUCCUCCUGGCUGGUGGCCGGCAAAGCCGACCCCGCCACCCCCGGGAGAGUCCAUUACCACCCGGACUCCCCGGCCAAAGGGGCGCAGUGGAUGAAGCAGAUCGUUUCCUUCGAUAAGCUCAAGCUGACCAACAAUUUGCUGGAUGACAACGGGCAUAUCAUUUUGAACUCCAUGCACAGAUACCAGCCGCGUUUUCACGUGGUCUACGUGGACCCCCGGAAAGACAGCGAGAAGUACGCGGAGGAGAACUUCAAAACUUUCGUCUUCGAGGAGACGCGCUUCACGGCAGUGACCGCUUACCAGAACCACCGGAUCACGCAGCUGAAGAUUGCCAGCAACCCUUUUGCCAAGGGAUUCAGAGACUGUGAUCCUGAGGACUGGCCCAGGAACCACAGACCAGGGGCUCUUCCUCUCAUGAGUGCUUUUGCCAGAUCCCGGAAUCCAGUCUCUUCCCCGGCUCACCAGAAUGGGUCAGAGAAAGAUGCUGCCGAGAGCCGGCGAGAGUUCGAGCGGGAGGCGGGCGGGACGGCGCUGCACCAGGCCGAGGCCGCGCACCAGCAGCUCAUGUCCCGCGUGCUCAGCCCCGCGCUGCCGGGCGGAGGCGGCGGGCUGGUGCCGCUGGCCGGGGCGGGCGGCGGCCGGCCCAGCCCGCCGCACCACGAACUGCGCCUGGAGCCCGCCGCUUCGGAGCCACUGCACCACCACCCCUACAAGUACCCGCCGGCGGCGGCCGCCGCCUACGACCACUAUCUGGGGGCGAAGAGCCGGCCCGCACCCUACCCCCUCCCGAGCAUCCGCGGGCACAGCUACCACCACCAUCACCACCACCACCACCACCACAUGAACGCAGCGGCCGCGGCGGCGGCGGCCGCCAACAUGUACUCGCCGGCCGGGGCGCCCGCCGGCUACGACUACGGGCCCCGGUAACGGGGCACCGGCGGCACGAGAGACAGCGCCAUCCCCUUCCCGCCUUUCCCUCGCCUCCCGCCUUACGAGUGAGCUGAUUGGCCAGCGUGAUCUGAUCGACAGCCGGACGGCCCAAUCGCCGGCAGCCGGACCCCGCCCCGCGCCCCGCCCUGCGGGGGCUGUGAGGGCGGCGGUGCCGGGAGCUCCAUCGCGGUGUGACCCGCGGCUGCACUUUGAUAAAUGAAGCCAUAUGUCCUUAUCUCCGUAUUCUCCCGCGCCUCCGUUCGUGCCGGGCACCGAGGACCGUCGGGCGGCUGGGAUGCGGUGGGUGGACGGGGAUACGGCAGCGGUGAAGUGACUUGUUCCCUCACAGUUGUCCGUCGGGUCUUCUGAUGGAGGUUUGGUGUUACCGCCGGUGUUGGCGGUGUCACGGGUGUUUCCUGUUCGCGGGACUUGUACGUGAGAACCGAGCAGGGGCUCUGGGGGCGGCCCUGAGCUGUGUGUUGUCCUGCACAUGUCGGUGUCAGUCUCUCCCAACACCGAGGCCUCGUUCACAGGUGGCUCAGGUGGUUCUUUGAGGAGAUUCUUGGGGGAAGCAGAGUUUAGUUUAAGGGAACGCUUUGAAUCCUCACUGCCAGAACAAAUUUCGCACUUCUCCUCCAGCCCUGAMCCACUCUUGAGUUUUGGGGUUCACUGGGAUGCCUUAACCAURGCAGCAUUUUCUAGAGCUGUUGAGAAGGGCCCGUGGCCAAGAGUGUAGCCACGUGCAGCUGUGUUUGCAUCUUGUUUUCCCAAUAAUUCAUGGUUUAAAACCAGCCUGGGGGUGGGGGAAUAUCAACAAAGUUUAGGCCGGGUGUUCUCACCUGCUUCCCAGGCAACCUCACAGAGCCCUGUCUUCCUGCGUCCUUUCCYGAGCUCUUGAAAGCUCUCCCAUGGAGGUGCCUUUUAGAGGGGUUUCAGGGUUUUUUUCUCAGACUGGCUCACCCUUUAUAUUUGGCUGACCCACUGCAGUAGUCCCAAAGCACCUACUCUGCACUACCUGCUUGCUGCAUCUUCCCGCUUAAUGCUGGUAAGUACUUUUUUCUUUUUCCUUUAAUAUCUUCAUUCAUUAUUUGUUCCUUACUGUUGAAAAGAUGGCCCUGUUCAUCACAGUUUCUCCAGCGAUGCGUUUUGAAUAGUUGCCUUGUGUUUUUGUCAGAUGCUCACCAAAGGCAGUCCCUUUGUGUUCAGAGAAGGUAUUGAGCAGCUCCUCAGCUGUGUUGGUAUACAGUAUUAURAACAUUUUCCUGAUUCUUCCACAUGACUCUAUUAAAAGUUGGGGGUUAUUUUUUUAAAGUCAUCUAUUCAUCCACGUUUGUGYAUUUUCAUUACAAACCCUUUAAAAUGUGUUCUUCUCUUGUGCAGGUGGCAGUGUUAAUAGCAAUGUUUAUUUUGUCUCUGGCAGUGGGCUUCGGGCUUCCAAAACCUUUUUGGAAAGGUUUAAGAAGGGAUACAGGCUACCAUGAAUAUUUUAUGUAAUUUUUUUUUUCUGUUAAAAAAAUAUAUCUCGAUCCAUAAAAAAGACUUGUGCAAGACAUAUGUAUUUUAUUUGACAUUUUCAGUGAAUUGUGAGAUUCUUAGUGUCUGACUAAACAAUAAUUAAUGUUCUCAGAAAGGUUGAUGUAAAAUAGCCUUGUGCUUAUUAUUAGUCAGUGGGAAAUGGCUCUCGGAUGUGCUCUAUUGCUAUUGCUUUGCCGCUGUUAUUUCAGAGUUUUCAGUAUGAUUUGUUAUCUGUAAACUGAUUAGUGCCAAAGCUUUGGUCAAACGUUUAAUGAAGUUGUUAUAUUUAUUAUUUCCUUUGAAGAUUAUACAAACACUUUUUUUUUUCUUGAUAGUUGCAGCRUAGGAAAAAAAGUGAAGACAACCAAAGAAUCAUAUCUGCAAACAGUGUAGAUACAUGUAGAUAUUUGUAGAUAUAUGUAGAUAAUCUUAUUUCAUUUAAAUUGAAAAGACAUUGGACAGUGACAUUUAUAAAUAUUUUUCUUCUUCUUUCUUUCCUUCAUUUCCUGUUUGGUUAUUUGUGUAUAUUUGUCAUUUUGUCUGCUCUGAAGUCUAAGCCUCCCCUACAAAAUAAGGUAAUUUAAAAAAGGAGGGAUCUUAGUCUGAGCAAGUAGUGGCUCUCCAUAGGCGAUUGCUCCUUCCCUUCUGUCCCUUGUUGCCAGAGGUCCCAUAGUUGUGCUGAUCUAUCACAAUACAACACUUUGCAAGGCUGGGGUUCCCAGGUGWAACCAAAUCUGUUUGUGUUGGUAAUCAUCUAUGUUCUUUAAACACACAUAGAAUGACCCAAGAUGCCAGGACUAAACUGUGCCCUUAACAAAAGUGACUCAAAGUCCUUGCCUUGACUGUAGGAAUUCUAAUUCUCUGUUUGUUARAAGAAGAGAAAAUCACAGAACUUCAAGCUGUGGCUAUGGGCAGUGGGCCCUCAAGAUCACCAGUCUGUUCUGUUCUAAAGAACAGAAGUCUUGGGGCUGAAUGGGAAGGACACCAUGGAGCUGUGUCAAAGCUACAGUCUGAACUAUGAAAAUUAUAUUUCUCACCUUGCUUUUAGGCCAUCAACAAAUGACUUUGUAUGAUUUGGUUGCGUCUCCUUAAACUUCACUCAGUCCAUGCUGUCACCGAGGUCCACAGCACAUACUAGGAAAGAAGGUGACAGCAUUUCCAGGCAAUACUUCCACUUGUGCUGACCUGAAGUCACACAAAGCACUGUGUAUUUAAAAGCUACUGUAAAACAGACCCAAGUGUGGAGGAUACAAGCUGAGUUUACUGAUUGCUUCUGARUUCUGAAAACCACAUCACUUAGCUCAGUGGAUAAAUCCAGGAUUAGGCACACACAGGCAGAACAAGGGCAGCCUUUGCUUAAUCACUUAACCUAAACACUGGGAUAGCUUCAGUUUUCAGAAAUGGCUUUUUGCUGUUGAUUUUGUUCUUUCUAAUGGAUCUGACUACAUGCAUUGUAGGAUAGGAGCAUGGGGAUAAGAUUCCUGUAUGUUUGUGGUGUCCAUGCACACUGUUUGCACAUUUCGUAGAUGUUCUCUUUGUUUUUCUAAAGGAGUUCUUCAGGAGUUCUUUGCAUGGAACUGUGCAGGUAGACCCCAGCAGGUGCCUCUCAGCAUGCUGAGAUGUKGGCAUCUCUUCAGUCAGUCUCAAGCUCACGUAUACAUGGCCAUGGCCAGGGGAGCAAGCAACAGCUUUGGCUGCUUCCUGCUACACUAUGUAACAGUGGCUUGCAGGGUAGAGAAUGACCCAAGGACUGCAGUAAGCAUAGAGAGUGUUGGUAUCCCAUGUGCUAUGAGGUUCCAGUGCAUCCCUACAAGUAGCCAUGGCUAGUGAAGCUACAUGGCUCAGGGCCACCUCAGCUGGGGCACUGUGCUUCCUGCCAAAACACAGCUCCUUCUCUCCAGCAAGUGAAUUUUAGCCUGUGAUGCUGGAUCUCUCACUGAGGGGCAGUUGCACCUUGAUCUGGACUGCAAGGAAUAAGAAAAGCAGCUUCACUCGUGGUGUGUAAUGUUCUGCCUGUGUAAAGGGAUCCCUGUAACAACUGGAAAUAAAUUAGGCACCCACAGGUUAGGGUUGGGGGUGGAAGCYGAGCCCUGCGCCCAGAGGAGGCUGGAAGAGUAAACGCAGCAGUACCUGCAAAGCAAGUUUCAGCACCAUCAGCCAAAGAGCUCAAAAAGCUGCCGUGAGCCUGUUUAAUACGGCUGGGCUGGAGGGUGGGGGAAGUACGUGUGUGUGCACAUACGUGUGCUGGUUCUUUGUGCUUUGUCUUSUGUUGUUCGAUUUCUUGAUGGGUCGAAACCAAACGUGGCUUUGCUGCAGCGCGUUGAAACCGCGGGUGCUCCGCCCUGAGCCGCCGUUUGUGUGGAACUGUCGGUGUAGACAGAGACACCCCCAGUGUGCCCCACGGGUCACCUCGGAGAGUCCCCGCAGGUAUCGCUGUCCCGCGGCCGCGGUGGAGRAGGAGGAAAAGGAGGAAGAUGCGCGCACCCCGGCCGGCCCUGCCUGAAGAGCCGGCUCCCUCCAGAGGGAAGAGACGGGCAUGGCACGCGGUGGAUCCUGCUCGCGCGGAAAACAAGAAGAGCUUCGUUUUCCGGAGCUAGGAAAUACGCAGUCUGAGAGGAAUAUAUAGAUUUGGGGUUUAAAGCAAAGAUUUGGUCUUCGAAACGCUGCUGGCAUAAAUAUGGAGGGGCAGACACCCGUGAGUUACAAUUUGAGGAUAUUUAGACAGCAACGGCUCAGCCGUUGCUCUAAGCUGGUGUUACUAAGAGUCCAGUCUGUGAGUGCAGRGGCCAGUACUUGUGUAUGAAUGCAACGUUUUUCUAAACAUGCGCAUUUUGUUCUUCAUUUAAUCAUUCCAAUUCAAUUGAUUGGUAGGGUAUAAUUUGCACAGGUGUUUGACAAAACCAGGUGAAAGUAAUCACACCCAAAGAUUUCUAUUAUUGUCAUUAAUAUGAGCACAGCAUGCGCAUAUCAAAUGUGCUGGCUGUUACAGUGAGGCACCCAUUGUCUCGCUCUGGGGGAUUCAAGUGGGAACCUWGACAGUGCAUCAGAGGUUUGCAAAUCCCAAAGAAUAGUAUUUAAYAAUUUUUUCCCUGCCCAAUAUGUUGCACAAACAAUGCAAWAGGGAAGAGYUGGUUUUGAAGACAUACAUUAAUUYUGAAAAACAUAAGAGCCCAUAUACACAAUAUAUGUACAUUGCUCUCCAAAGGCCCAGUAUCCUUCAGGAGGGCUGUGUAAAGUACUGUGUGUUGCAUAUGCCAGAAAAAACGCACUCAUUCCCCCCAUUAAUAGAAAUGAYCUAUUAUAAAUUUACCAAAGAUACCAUAGUUUUAUAAAUUGGCCACAUAUGUCUGUAUAGUAUAUUUAUUAUAUCACAUUUCAUAGCAUUUCUGUUUUAUGAAAUUCAGCCUUGAAUUUGUCACAUAUGUUUUGCAUAUAUGUGCAAUAGUUGGCCAAGUAUAUCCAAGUAAAGUAUGAUAAAUGUGUUCUUCCCAUAUGGGAAAUUAAAUGUUUUUCCAGAUUUUUAAAAAAAAAGUUUAUUAAGAGCAGCCUAUACAAAAUAAUUACAAUAAAUCACUCACUUCUAUUUAGGUUAAAAUUAUAAAUUUGAACUAGUAACAAAGUGAUUAAGRGCAAGAGCCAGAAAAGACACAUUUAGGAAGCUUAGAGAAGCACCUUAGUGUGAGGUAUUUGCACUAUCAGUUUUGUUAGUGGUUUUAGCUUGGAUGAUGAGCAGGGGCUCGGCAUUUGUCUUUGCUUUGUUACUCCACUUACUUCAUGCUCCCAUUGUUCCUUAUUCCAAGGGGCAAAUGGUUCCCCUUCUCUCGUGCUCCAGCCUGGCUGCUUCAGCUGCCCUUAGUCUGGGUGUGAACUCCAACCAUGGGCAGUGAGAGCAGCACUGAGAGUGAAGGGGCUGCAGGCAAAGCCGUCCCGUUCCAGUCAACUGCAAAGGGCACAGGAAGGGUGGGGAGAGGCGGCCCUUCUCCCAGACUGGUUCUAUUUGAACACUGCCUUACACAUUUCUUUUAUUUCAGCAAACAUGAAGUGAGUUUUUCAUUCUAUUCCCUUUCCUGCUUGUUGUCAACUACUUCAAACCAGAUGGGCUCAAUAGAUAAAACUAUAAAGACUCAAUGUCUCUAUUUAGCGGGAUGCCAAGUCUGCAUGCCAUCAAAAUAUCUGAGGCAAAAACUCUGAACUAUACUUACUCUAAGUGUUAUGUUAAGAGCAGCCUAGGUGCUUUUCUGUGAACACAAAUGAUACAUCCAUGAAUCACUGAGAUUUCAUAUCAACAGUUUUUAAAAUUACCAUCAGGACAAAUGCCAUGGCCACAUUCUCUGUUAUGUUUAAAGUUAUUAUGUAGACCCAGUUCACCCACCUCUUCUUACCUGUGUCAGAACAUGUUUAUAGCAAGCAGUGCCUUGGGUGCCUGGAAAAUGUACUUUUUCGUGUGUGAGAUGCCAGAGCUAAGGGGCAGAAUAAUUGCUCAGCAUUUGAACAUURUCACUGGAUUCCCUGAUCUGGAGAUAAUCAGGCUCAGAAGGAGAUAGUUCAUACUCUGGGAUGGUUCUCCAGUGCAUGUGGCUGCUUCAGGACCUCAGUCUUUCCUGGUGUUAYCCCUUGUGGCACUGCAGUUUCUGGUUUUAGGAUUCUUCAUAGCAGAGAAAUAAAAAUGCUCUCUUUUGGGUGAACACAGGCUUAUUUAGAGGUGUACACUGUGGUCUAAAAGGUGGUACCAACACCUUUAAAAAAAGGAUGCUGGGGGAGUAAAAGUAAAUAUGUCUGAGACUGAAAUGAGCUGGUGUAUGUGUUUUAGAAGCCAGACCUAUCACUGUAUGGUUCCACCAGGUACUCUUCCUGCCAUCUUUGUCCUUUUCCCAUGAUGAAUCUGGCCGCUGCUGGUGGUUUGCUCCAAGGCCCAUCAUGCUUUCCACAAUCUUCACAUUGCCUAACUCAGAGAGAAAAGGUGCUUCUUUGUUUUAUUUAACUCCUCCCUCCCCUUUUUCCUCUUAUAAACCAAACUGCAAAUCAAAUUCCUCUGAGGUUAGAGGAAAGCAGUAGACAACACUGCUGAUAGGAUGUACAGAAGUAGUUCAUACCAUUAAUCAGGUGAGCAAAACUUUCACAACAGAGAGAUUAUAUUUUCAUUUAAUUGAUACUGUGAGAUCCUUACAUGAAUUGUCAAGCGCCCCCAGUAUGAUCUUAUUCUGGCUAGUUUUCUUCAUAUUACAAAAGAAACCUCCAGCAUGUCCCAGAAGAGUAGGACAUAGAUAAACACAGGCAAGUUUACUUGGAAAAACURUAGCAGGGGGACCCAGGCUGGAAUUUGAUAAUGCUAUGCAGCAGCAGAAACCUCUGCCUUCUUCUUAGUCAUGASUGUCACUUUCUUGGUAGCACAGUGGUCAUGUUUGAACAUCACACUUUGUGUCUCAGCACUGCUGUGUAACAUUGUCUAGUAUUAAUCCAGGCAGUCAUGUGCCAUGUUUUAUGUAAUGAUCCAUACUUUCACACCACAGACACACAGCCAGAAAAGGAAACACRUUGAUUUAGUGCUCAGUAAUCCUUGUUUAAUCCCCACUCCUUUGGUUUACAUCACUAACAUGGCUCCUGCAGUAGUCAGUAUUCUAUCUUUGUUCUUGGCAGAUUGAAUUAAAGGAAAGAUUUAUUAAUUUGUAAGUUGGCUUUGUAGAUGCAUUUUAAAUAUCCUAAAAACAAAAGCAAUCCAGAAGUCAGUAUUGAUUUAACUAUAAAAAUAUGCUCUUUUAAACUCAAACGUGUGCAACAGUCUCAGUCAAGCUGCAGAGUAAUUUUUUGGCAUGCUGUAGCAAUUGCAUUUUAAAAGACUAAAUUUAACAACUGUCUCAUUGCAUGCCCCCAGCCUACUUCCUUUUUCACUCAUUACUACAAACACAAUUAAUCUCUUUCCUUGCUCAUCUGCACUAAGGACUGCAAUGCUUUAUGGCUCAGGUACUGAUAAGAGAAAGCAGUUGUAACUAAUGGAUUCAUUUGCAAAUAAUGUUAGAGGGUCAGAGAUCACCAUUCAUUCCAGUGGUGAUAAAUAUUCCAUGUAAUUGCUGCACAAAUGCUGGUGUUUAGGAUUUAUUUCCAUUCCYUUACAAAUGCCGGUUGCUUUCUUCCCUCUGAUGGUGCCAAAGAUGGUGAUUCUUGGGAGGAARCCUUUUGUAAUAAUUUAGCUGUCAUCACCUUCACUCCUGAAUCCUCUAGGCCCGGUAGAGGCUAGCCCUGCUCCUUUCUGGCAGGUGACGUUUCAGAGCUAACUCCAGCACCUUAAGGUGGCUCUUCACUCACAACCUGCUAGCAAAUCAGCAGAAAUCUUGAGUGACAACCAUGCUCAUAGCAUAAUUGUAAAGAYCUUUGACUUCUUUUGGUAUUAAAAAAAGGUGAAUUUCUUAGAUGCAAUCAGACAACUGUAUUUUACAGACURUAGUAAUACAGACUGUCCUUCCUGUUGGAAAGCCAUUCUUUGGAGAAGUCCRGGUUAGUUCCUUAAGCAAGUAAACUUUUGGAAGACUAAUUCACAAUCAAACUGUGGCAUUUAGGACCAACUCUAAAUCAAACURGUAUAGUCUGGUUGCUCAUUUCAAGGCAGCUAUAAUGUGAAAGAAAAAUCUGUUUGCUGGGUGUUUAAAUAAAAGUUUAAAUAAAAGUAGUGAUGUAAAGUGUUAGUGAAUUAACUGUAAUGUGACAAAUAUGGCAUGGAUAGUGCUUUGGUAAUGGGACAUACAAGAUGGGUCUGUUCUUGCAAGCAGCCCUGCAACCUGUGUUCUUCCUCAUGAAGCUGAUGAGACUCUCACCUAUGUGCCUGCUAGGGAGAUGAAGUUCAUGUUCUCAUUUUCAAUUUGUACUUGCAUGAUUAAGUUUGUUUUAAAAUCUACUURUUCAGAAAAACAUAAAUAUUUAACUCCCAGCAAAAGGCAGUAAGUUAGAUGUAAGCACCCAGUAAUCUUUUAUUUUCCAAAAGAUCCAUUUGUAAAUCUAAACAUCCCUCAUGAGUCUCCCUAAUUACUUUAGACACAGAUGUUGACAGUAAAUUGCACUUUUCAGAGAAAAUAUACUCAAGAAUAACUAACUUCCAGGCUCUGAUCUAAGAGUGCUCUUAAUAAGACAUAGGGAUUAAUCCUUUCUUUCCAGAGGGAUGCCACUGAGUCAAUGCUAGUUUCCUACACUAACCAUUUGUCCAAGAUGAGCGAGCCCUGGAYUUCCUUUCCUGCUGGAUGAGCAUUAAAUCUUCAGCCCAAUUUUGUGGAAAUUGCCCAACAGUGCAGGCUGCUGUUUGCUGCAAUGGAGAAGAGGAAUGCUUGCACCCUCUGUGCCACAUGUAUGGUGUAGUGCCGGACAGCACAGGCAAAAGGAAAGCUCUGU